GCCAUUGGGCGCGCGCGCACAAUAAAUUCAAAGUGCUUUUUUCGGAGUUUCGUUGAAAUUAAAUAAAAAUAUUGAUUCCAAUGAGAGACGCUUGAACAAGAUGGAAACAAGCUGUCUAGUGAUCCUGUUACUGACGCUGAGUUCUGUGUACUGUGACAGUGUGUUCAAAAGUAUACCAGUGACUGUCAAAAGUUAUGAACAUGACAGUGUGUUGCUGCCCUGCUAUAUUCAUGACACAGACGUCGAUAUUCGGGUCCGAUGGUACAAAGGCGAGACCCUACUAGGAGACAGUCGAGACCCCCACCAUCUUCUGCCACCGAGGACCCGACUCCACGCGAACUACAGCUUGGAAAUAGACGAUCUUACUGCAGAUGACACUGCACAAUAUACUUGCGAGGUGAUCCGUCCAAAACCAUGGGGCCCGAUCAAGCAGAUCCAUGCCAUCGAAGUCCAGUCUUCGCCUGUGAUCAGAACGAUACCAGAAGACGGUUUCCUCGAGGUGAAGAAAGGGGAGUUUGUGGACAUCGGCUGCGAGGCCAGCGGCACUCCGCAGCCGUUCGUUACUUGGAGGAAGAAUGGCGAGCCCAUGGCGCUGCUAGAACAUCGACAUCGCAUCAAGUUUAAAGCGGAGCACAGGUUGCUGGCCGGGGUAUUCCGUUGCACGGCCGAAAAUGGUGUGGGGGACCCGGCUACGGCGGACAUUCGGGUCAUCAUUCACGAUGCGCCCGUGGUGUCCGCGGUGCGUAGUUUCGUCCACACCGCGGUCGGGCUGCGAGCGGCGUUGGCGGCGCGGGUAGAAUUCGCCGCUCCGAUGCCGCGAACGACGUGGUAUCGGGACGGGCGCGCCGUACACACUGAUGACAGGAUACACAGGGUGGUCCAGGACAACGUGCACCAGCUUAUAUUCCGUCGAGUCCAAGCAAGAGACCUGGGGAACUACACCUUCCGAGCUGAAAACGCUCUCGGCAUGGCCGACGUGUCCUUUAAACUAACAGGGGUCCCAAACGUGGCUUCCUUUAAAGUGGACCCUGCGCUCAACAGGGCGACCUCCACCGGCUUUACUCUCAUCUGGGAGGUCGAUUCAUACUCCAACAUCAUUGAAUACAACCUGUGGCUACGGCCAUAUUACGGCCGUCUGGCUACCGAGCCUGACAGCUUCACGACGCAGCCCCCAGCCAAUCUCUGGCACAAGAUCAUCGUACCUGGAGACUCCAGCGACGGCCCUAUUCAUAGUGCCACUUACACAGUACGAGGCCUCACGCCCUCUACCGUCUACGAAGCGAUAGUCACGUCAAGAAACAGUUUCGGGUGGAGUAAACCUUCGUCGAUCUUGCACUUUGCGACUGAACCUGGAGCGGGCAACUAUUCUCCUGUAACCCACGACUACAAUGACUAUCCAAUCGUCCUAGAAGACCCGAAGGAAGCACACAACCUGACACAAGCGAUGGUCACCUACGGCUCCGGAUCUGCGGUCCAACCGGCAGCCAUUUUGAUUUCUGUCGUAAACUUCAUUGUGAUAGGUACAUUUUGAUAAAGCAUUAGAGUGGGCUAUAACCGCGAAAAUCAAAGUUCGUCAAUUGCGGGCAUUUUUCUCUGUCACUUAGUGAGAGUAAAAGAGAAAGAUACUCGCAAUUUGCAAAUUUCGGUUUUCGCGGUACGCCUCCCGAGUCAUGUCACAGGCAAUUUUUUUAAUUCUUUAUAUGGCAACUUUUUUUCCUAUUAAAUAAGCUGUCAGUUUGUAGCUGUCAUUUAAUUUCAUCAAUUUCAUAGUAAUAUUAUUGCCAGGUGCGGUUUGUACAGAAAUUCCCGCGUUUUAUUUCGACACGCAUAACUCGCUGGUCGGACUCUAGUUUACGCAGUUAUGGAGUUUAAAACUUUAAAAAUUAGAAAUCUAUUCCCAGUCCACUAUAAUUUGGAUCUUUUUAAAUCGAGAGUGAAUAGACAUCUUGACAUUGACAUGUUCCAUCCUAGACUGCAUCGGCACUUACCAUCAGGUGAGAUUGUGGUCAAAUACCUUUUCCUAAUUAAAAAAAAAACUGCUACUUGCUCACAUAUCGGAUCAAUUUGUCUUUAUAGAGUCGAUCGCAAAUUACAAUCUCAUUUUAAAGCAACAUGCUGAAAUAAUACGACAGUUGGCAUGACUAAAAGUAAUAUAUUUAUAAGUAAUGUAGGUACAUAAUGUAUGUAUUUAUAAUAUGUCUGUGUUUGGCAUUCAUUUUCGUAUUAAAAUGAGAGCGUAGCUUAGGUUGU